AUAAAUACGGCAUAACAUACUAUGAAAUCAUGUUCACAGCCAGGCAAUCAUAUGGACUUCGGGUUAAGAAUUCUGAUUGAAUUAUUCAUACCCCAUGAAAUUCAGAACGUGUGCGGUUCUGAGAAGUGAUUUUCGAGUUCAUUGCUCGAUGUAGCCUGAGCCAAGUUUGAAAAUACCUCUUUGGAGUCUGCAGUCUUUUUGUUUUUGGCAUGUUUUGCUCUCCAUCUCCCAUUACAAUAUUUGCUGCGUUAGCGCCCUCUUCCCUCAUCCUGAACGUGCAAUUCGAAGGGCGGAAUAGUGGUCCGAUCAUGUUUUCAUGAGCUGAUGAUAGAUCGCUGCUAUAGGGUUCAAAGUUCACAUGGCGUCGAUGUUCCUAUUUUCUCAUUCUCAUCCCCAUUGUCAAGUUCAACUCGCUCAAUGUGCGCGCAGGUGUACUAUUCUUGAACAGAGCAAGAGUCCCUGUGAUUACAAUGACACAUUAUCAUGACACAAUGGUUGCUAUGCGUCGAAACGACAUUUGUUAGGCCACCACCACGUACCACAUGGAGCGGGAAAUGAACUUGUGAUGAUAAAACCCAUUAACAAAGUAAAUGAUCAAUAUUGAUAAAUACUAUACGCUGCAAGUUUGAAAAGUAUCAUUCCUCAUUCAAAUAUAUCUAAAUAAAAAUCCAUAUUGACACAGUACUCGAAACCACACUUUGCAAAGGUUGUGGUCAUUAUGAUGGUUGUCGAUUAAAAGAGUCUGUUAUGAAUGUGUUCAAUCAUUAACGCCGAAAAAAGGAGGGAGUACAUGUAUAUGGCCUGUAUUUCUUGAAUUAAAUAGCUAGUACUCUGUAGCAACGUAAGUUUUCUAUUAUACGUCAUGCGUACAUCAAUGGUUCUUCGGUCAAAGACUGCAUCGGUAGACCCAUCUGAUUCGUUAACAUACACUGGACCUUGUGAGACAACACCCAAAUUCUUCACAUGGGAUGAGAUUCGAACCCAUGCCCUGCCAGAGGACAAGUGGUUGGUGAUAGAAGGUGACGUUUAUGACAUCACCGAAUGGUCGAAAAGACAUCCAGGCGGAAAGGCGAUCAUCAGUCACUAUGCUGGACAAGACGCAUCGGAUGCCUUUAGCGCCUUCCAUCGAGACCUGCAAUUUGUUAGCAAGUAUUUGAACAUGUAUCGAAUAGGAAAGGUCAAGGGCUAUGACGAGCACAUAUCUGAUCUUUCUCGAGAUUUCAGAGACCUUAGAAACCUGACCAAGGAAAUGGGUCUUUACAAGCCAAACUAUUGGUUCUAUGUCUUCCAACUCUCACACAUCAUCGCCCUUGAGAUAGCAGCCUAUCUCGUCGUCUCAUUCCUUGGUGGAACCGUUCUUUCCUGGAUACUAGCAGCCUUGCUAAUCGGGACCGGUCAGGUUCAGGGAUCGUGGCUCAACCACGACUUCGGUCACCUGUCCGUCUUCAAGUCCACCAAAGCCAAUCUCUUGGCUCAGAUGUUCGUGUUUUCUGGAAUUCAGGGUGUCUCGGCAUCAUGGUGGAAGUAUCGUCAUUAUUUGCACCAUUCGAAACCAAACGUGAUUGAUAAGGACCCCGACAUCAAAAUGGAGAUCUUUCUAUUGGUUGGCGACACCAUACCGAUCGAGAUGGCUAAGUCAAAGAAAGGUUUCAUGCCUUAUCAAUAUCAACAUCAGUACUUCACUGUUUUGUCGCCACUUUUGCUGGUUGUAUAUUAUUACUACGAGGUUUUACGGUUCGUCUUCAAAAGAAAAGAAUGGCUGGAGCUUUUCUUGAUAGUGUUAUACUUCAUUCGCUGUUUGUAUCUCUUCACACCUAUUACUGGAAUUAUCGGAGUAUAUACCAUCUUAUAUCUUAGCAGGGUUAUUCAGAGUACUUGGUUCAUAUGGGUUAGUCAAUCAAACCACAUUCCAAUGGCAGUAGAACACGAUGAACAUGAUAAACAUUGGGUCCCUUUGCAGAUGCAUGCUACUUGCAACCUCGAUUCUUCCCCUUUUAUUGAUUGGUUCACGGGCCAUCUUAACUUCCAAAUUGAACAUCAUUUAUUCCCUACGAUGCCGAGACAUAAUCUCUCAAAGAUCCAAUUACAAGUGGAAUCCCUUUGUAAAAAGCAUGACAUUCCAUACAUCAAGAAGCCAUUCUGGGCAGCCAUGAUAGACAUUCUCAGGUCCCUUCGAAAGUCUGGACUUUUAUGGUAUGACAUGUACCAUAUGAACGAUCAACUCAGUGAAGGAUGAUAUCCCGAUAUACAGAAAUGCCGUGCCAUUGCAUGGGGCAUUGGUUUGUUUCGAAUCGAUGGCGUCGACCCGUAAGCCGAUUAAGCAUUGCGGCUUCUUUAAUUUGUUCUCUAAAGAAAACAAGACGGAAUAAUGAGCAAGUUGAAAUCCAAAGGGGAACAAAGUUUGUUCAAUAUAUAAAUUGCCAAUCACAAAGCACAGUAACUUUUAUAAGAAUUUGUUUGUGUUUUUUACAGCCUCAUGUGCUGUCGAUGACAAAUCAGGAAUAAUGUUUUCUUCAUUUUGCUAAUUCCCCUUUUCUAAUAAUUUUCCCUUUUUUUUAUCCAUUUCUUUGAGAAUGCAUAUCUAUUAUGACUGCUUUAGUGAAGAGAUUAGACAAUUUUUGAAAAGUAUGCGGCCUAUAUGUGUUGUUGGGCAUUUAUUAUCUUUCAUUUUAUAGGCUUAAUAGCUGUCGACAUAAUGCCAGGUUAUAACGUAGUAUCAGUAUUUUUUGUUUUAUGUUUACACUUAACACAAACCUAUUUUUUAUAUUCAAGAAUAUUAUUUACCAAGGUAUCAAUAAAUUGGCAAGAGUGGCAAGCCAAGGAUUUUGUUUGUUUUGUGGCAGAAAAAUUAGGCAUGCAGUGUGAUGGUGUGUAGAGGAUAUUUAGGUGUAAAAAAAGUAUAGGCCUGUCACUAAAAUUGCUUUUCAGGAGUUAAUGUUCAAAAAUUGUAAUGAUAAAAAUUAAUCAUUGAUUUGGGAUAAACUUUUACAAAAUAUUCAGAAAAUGAAAUAUUAUUUCAUUGCUUCACUUUUCGUCUCUUCGCUUUCUCUAAUUUUUUUCUUGGAUGUGAAACUUUUGGGGACCUUGGUCCCCAAGCCGGUUAGCCCACCAUAUUUACUCCACAGCCCUAUAAUCAUUUAUUUACAAACGAAAAAAAUUGAGUUUCGAGUCUUAUUUAAGGUAUCGAAUUGGAGAUUCGAGUUCCGAUUUCAAUCUCCGAUUAAAAAAAUCGAGAUUAUUUACACUUCUGAGUUUCAAGUGAAAUAUUUUGAUUGCGGACACAAUCAUCAAAUAAAUUUGAGGCUAUUUCUAAUAUUACUUUCUAGAAUGUAAUGAAUUAUUCAUGACCUUAAAAAGUUCCAUGACUUGUGAUACCAUUAUAAUUAUUUUCUUUUGUUUGACAAAGAUGAGUGAGUUUGUUUGAUUAGAUUCCAUCCCGUUAUUUGCAAUACAAUGUUUAUUGCCAAGUUUGUUGAAUUAAUAUAU